AUGAACAUCCAGGGGUCAGACUGGAAAGCUCAUCUCAUUGCCUUUUCUCUGACAGCAGGGGUGUCUAUGUUGCUGCUAGUGUCAACUCUGUUCCUUUGGGAGCAUGUGGCCUCCAAUCCAAGUGACGCUCUGCCCAGUGAAGCCCUAUAUGAGUAUGUGGUCAAAACGGCUAGUGCCACAGAUGUCCUGGCUUCAAAUAUGCACGAUGAAGUUAAUUUAAGAUUUCUCAGGAGAGUUGCAUUUGCCAACAAGCCAUGCCACACAGAUGUCCUCAAAUCUCCAGAGUCUCCUCAGGAAGUUCAUAACACAAAAAUCCCAGACCUUUUGAAAUCAGUCGGCAUUAUUACUCAUGCCUGGGUAAAACCACUGACAAACCUGGUGUCUGCAGUGCCUGCUCUCCCGGGAGCUUCUGAUAAUCUGCUGAGAACAGCCACUGGUGUGAUGGAAGGAAACAAUAUGCUUCGGGAGGGACUUAAGCCCAUCCUCAACAGGCCCUCAGAAUGGGGAAUCAGACUUAAGGAGAUGUGUCAUGAGUUUCAGGUGAAAACCCAUGUUGAAGAUGAUGACUACCCUGAGUGGUCUGGACAGUCAGAUUUGCAGUCAUCUGAUGAAGACACUCUUCGUUCUGCCGUUCAUUCCCUGACCACCUGCCUGAAAGGAGAUAUGCAAAAGAUUACCAAUUAUCUCAGGGACGUGUGGUGCAGAACUAGCAUUAGGGCGGAGUGUGGCAAUCAGUAA